UUCAGGAGCUUCAGCAGCACUGCUUCUCCCUUUGGGCGUUCGUAGAAGUGAGAAGCUGCCUGACCUGGCUAACGAUUGGAAGGAAGAGCGAAGGGAGAUGGAGCGCGAGAAUAAGACGAAUCUGUCUGAGCGCGGUCGACGUGCAACCCGCGGCGCGACUUGGGUGUGGUAAAGGGCUGGUCGGUCGCACUGGAAGUCCGGCGCUGAUGGAGACCAGAGGCGUCCUGGGCGAGCGCGAGGGGUGCGAAACGGUCCUAGUGUUUUUACGCUUUCGGCAGGAGUGGUGGGGCGGGAAAGAUGAAUGGACAUGGUCGCAGAGGUGUUACGGACAGAAUCUGAGAUUAUUCUCGAGCACGCGGCCCACCUGUACAGCAAGGACAAUAGUGUAUCUGGAUUUCAGAAGUUUAAAGGCUGGUAACACCUCGUCAAGUGCACUGGUACCGGAUGACAUUUCAGUAAUCUACGGCCGCAUCGACGGCAUUAAGGGCCAAGAUGAUGCCAACAGGGAGUGGGCUUGGUGUCCGCACACCCGUCCCCUUACUCUGCUCAGUUCACAACACAGGAGAGGAGAAUUCCAUCAGGAUACAGAAAAGCACUGCACGGCAGAACAAGAGUAG